AUGUCACGUGUGAAGUUAACUAUACGAGUGCGACCGUUUACUGAGAAAGAAUUUAAAUCAGAGAAAAGCAGAACGCCUGUCGUUAAUGUUGUAGAUGAAAAUACGGUGACAAUAACUAAUAUAAAAGUUUUCGACACGAUUGGAAGGCAGGUGCUCGCAAGCAUAUCCAAUGGAAUUUCGGCCUGCGUUUUGGCGUAUGGUCAGAGUGCCACGGGGAAGACUUAUACCAUGAUGGGUACUGAGACCCAGCCGGGACUUAUACCAAGAUUGUGUUUGGCAUUGGGUGAACAACCUAUGGGUAUAACUGUCAGUUUUUUAGAAAUAUAUAACGAGCGUGUUCACGAUUUAUUGGCAUCUGAGGUACUCCCCUGUAAUUCCCUUCCUCGAAGGAAAGGUAACACUCGAAAGGAUUUAAGGGUCAGAGAGCAUCCUCAUAAGGGACCCUAUGUACAGAACCUGCGUCGAGUGCUGGUACACGACGUCGAGUCUCUAUUAAGCAUAGUUAACGAAGGUAAACGUAGACGACGCACAGCGGCCACUCGCAGGAACUGCAGCUCGUCCCGGUCUCAUGCGGUUUUGGAAUUAGCCACUCCUCUAGCUAUCUUGCAACUGGUUGAUUUGGCUGGCAGUGAAAAAGCUGGUCAAGAAGGGUAUGCAUGUAGUCGGCAAAAGGAAGGUGCGAAUAUAAAUAAAUCUUUGGUGGCACUCAGCAACGUUAUUUCUGCUUUAGUGAGUGGUGGUCCUGGAAGAUUUGUACCGUACAGAGAUUCAGCUCUAACUUGGCUCUUGAAAGAUUGCUUCACCGGUGGGGCCAACACGUUUGUUAUAGCAACUAUAUCUCCUAGUAUAGCAUAUUACGGUGAAUCUGCUUCAACCCUACGCUGGGCUGCUAGAACGAGACAAUUACCGCCAAAACGUACAAAUGGUGUGGUCAAUUUAACCACUAAGGCAGCUUUACAGGCUCAAUACAAUAAGUUAAUACAGGAGCUGACCAAACACUUUAUACGCUACGUACCAGAAACGGGGACACUUUCGUUUGAUGAAAAUCAUUGGAAGUUAACUUUACCUGAUGCAGAACAAGUAGCAAAAAUAGGGAACAUCAUGAACUUUACACGGCCAAAAAACGAGGAACACGCUAACUUACCUACAGCUGCGGUACCGGAUGACACCCCUGUGGAAAAUAAAAAAGAAUUUGUUGAAGAAAUAAAUAAGGAAAUUGAUAAAAUGUUUGCGCCGAGCUUCGAAAGGGCGCGAAGUGGUAGCGAUUUUGAAAUUGUUGCGCCAAUCAGGCACAAAAAAAGGCAGUAUAGAUCACAAGAAGUUCUUUCCACCAAUAAAUCACUACAGCAAUCAACACCACAGCAUAAUUUAUCAGAAAUUAGUUCUAGUGUUAGUGAGGAGAGGCUGGAUGAUAUAAAUAGCCUAAAAGCUAAGACCAUUAUGCCAACAUCUAUUUUAUACGAUAAUAAUCAAAGAGCGGAAAUCGUUGCUUCAGUAACAGAGAGGUUAUAUUCAAAACUAAAAAAGAGUGAAGAAGUUGCCGGGAAGCUGGACUCUAUCGUUGAUAAAAAAGUAGUUCAGCCAUUAAAUGAAUUAAAAAUUUGCACAAAUGCCCGACAACGUCUAGUGGAAAUAAGCCAAAGAGCUCUAAGGAACAAACGAAAAAUUGGUAUUCCAGCAUAUACACAAACAAAAAAGUCUAUUGUGCGAGUAAAAGAUCAAGAGAUUGAUGUACAAAAUGAAUUGCUACCUUACGGAUGCAACAAAAAUAAUUCUUAUGUGUUUCAACGAGACGUUGGAACUGAGACAAUUUCAAUAACUCCUCGAUAUAAAGAAGUGAGUGUUGGAUCAGAUCAUGGAAAUUUGCAAUUCAGACACAGUUCAACCAUGACUGAUAAUAGGAAAAUCUUUAAAACAUCAAGUUCAAUGACUAUAGACGUUAUUCAAAAUGAUCGAUGUACACAAACAUGUAUAUUGCCACCUCCAAGGAGGAAAAGACGGCCAAACUUGCUAUCCAAGUACAUUAAAAGUAUUGAAAAUAGGAAAACGAAUUCCACAAAUACGGCUCCCAUUAUUAAUAUCAAUAUAUCUCCAAUGUAUGACGAGGACUCAGAUUCACAAAAUUCUGAUUCAAAAACAACAGAGAAUGAAGUUGAACAGGAACCGCCUUUGGAGUCGAAAAUGUUACCUCCGGACUUAUUAACUAAUCACAGAAAUGUUAUUUCAAUGCCAACAAUAGAAAUACAUAAUGUUGACGAAAUUGAAAACAAACAUAUUGACACUGAUGAAGAAAGCGUAUUAAGCCAUAAAGUAAUUGACAAACCAAACAAUCAUUUGGAUGAUUUUUCUAACGAUGAUGAUAUAAUGCUGCCGAAAACAAGUGUCGGUGUAGAUGAUACAAGAGCAGCUGGUUAUUCUCAUAUAAAAGAUAUGAUAUUAGGACGAAAUACAGACUUGUACCCUUAUAACGUAGCCAUUUCACCAUUACGGGAAAGGAAUGAAAGUAUACGAAGUAUAAGAUUUUUAGAUAAAAAUCCAGACACCGAUAAAGAAGAUUUUAUAUCUAUAGAAAAUUCAAGCUUUUGUUUUGAACGCGUCAAAUCAAAGUUUUUUAAAGAAAUCGAUACUUACUCAUCCGAUUCAACUGUUUCUAAUUUAACUGACUCAGAUUUGAGGGGCAAAAGCAAUGUUUUUUCAAAGGCUAAAAAAACAAAUUCUGGAUUGUUUUCCAGUUUAUCUCAUAAUGAAAAUGUAAGCACGGAUAAAAUAAAAAACACAUAUGAAGCAACGAAAGGUAAGCUUUAUAACGAAUACUUGGGAUUGCAUGGAAAAGAAAUUAACGAUAAGAUUUGUUCAAACUUUUCAUUAGAUUUAAUAUCUGAACCGAAAAAUGGGCUUAACUUAAAGAAUAUUCAUAGAAAACGUGAAAUAUUAACAAAAGGAAAUAGUGGCGAAAAAGAUUAUGACUUUGAGAACGUGCAUAAUGAAAUAAAAAAUUCAUGCAAGAGACUUGAGUUCGCCGUAAAUAAUUAUGAAACCUACUUGGAUACUCAUAAGAGGGAUAAUACACACGCUAAAUAUAAUAUUAAGUCACCUACAAAAUAUUUACAACACUUAAUAGAAAUUCGAAAAGGUUUAGUAAAGGAAGAAAAACUGGGUUCGAGUAGUACUGAUGACAUUUGACAGAAUUAGUGGACCAAAGUAAUUCUUAUAUUACGCAAUCUUUAUGAGUUUAUAGAGGGUAAUUUCUGUAUCUACUGAAGUAAUUUUUAUUUUGAUUAUCAUAGGAAAGUAAUAGUAUAGGUGAUAGGUAGUAAUAGGUCAAUCCCGGGUCAACCUGGACAAACAAAUAAGUUAAUGACGAUAUUACAAAAGAAUUAAAAGAAAUUAAAACUGCGCUCACAGGGGCGGGGAAGUCAAGCCGCUCGUAUUGAAAACAUUCAUUAUGUUUUGUCUUGUUCUAUAUGUUGUCAACAAAAUCACAAAUAGAUGGAAUAUUAUUAAUUGCUUGCAAUUUGCAGGCCUCUUUGAUCUGUUCUGUGGAAGAGUUCCUUCUUCUUACCUGCUAUUAAAUAAAUAAUAUGAUAAGAUUCUGCCUAUAAAUUACAACAAAUAAUCUGUAGUAUAUACCUACUGUUUAAUAAUCGAUUUAUCGACAUCCUUCUAGGCAAUUACUACCGUUGUUCGUAUUAUGCAAAUGACCAAUUUUAAAAUUGGUGCAUAUUCGACUAGCAUAGUAAGGAUCAUAAUUUAUUCUUAACUGUAUUAUUGGAUUUGUUAUACAAUUCAACAUAAUACUUAUUCAAUGUUAUUUAUUUGAAACAAAGUAACGUCAUGUGUACUUGACACACACCACAGGUUUGACCCCAGAUUUGAGUGAAAUGUAAAAUACGUAUAAUUUGAUAAAUGUAAGACGUAUCGGCGUAGUAAAAUUUUAGAUUUAGGGAAUUUGAGAACCCCAAUAAGUAUAAGAAAAGAUAUAAA